AUGGGUUGGAUGAAGCAGGCGGCCGUUUUGGCCACUGUCGCCUUUGCGGCAGUCGCUCAUGGACAGGCUGCUGCCAACGGCAACUGUUAUCCCGCGGAUACAUUCGCCAAUACCUAUGAACUCGUUGAUGCGAGCAUGACGCAGGAGCUCUGUGACAGCCAUUGUAAGGCCGUCACGGGUGCUACGAUCUCGAAGUUCGCACUCUUUGGCGGUACUACUUGCCGCUGUGGUGACACCAUCGGCAAUGCUGCAGUCGCCAACAACCUUUGCGCCACGUCUUGCGGCGGUGCUAGCAGUGAGAACUGUGGUGGUACUACAACUACCAGAAACCAAAUUAUCUUCAUGCUCAGCGCUGGUACUACUACCACUUCGACGACCUCAACCACCUCUUCCUCUUCCAGCUCUUCUUCCUCUUCCACCAGCCUGACCACCACCACCACUACCACCACCACUUCGUCUUCUUCCUCGUCAUCUUCCUCCUCUUCGUCUUCGUCUUCAUCGACGCUCUCGACGACGACGACGACUACCACUACUUCUAGCCCCACAUCGACUUCUACGACUUCGACGUCAUCUUCUAGCAGUGGCACGACCACGACUACGUCGUCAAGCAGCUCCAGCAGCACUGCGACCACCACUAGCCCGACGUCGACUUCCUCUUCGUCCUCUAGCAGCUCCAGCAGUAGCACCUCCAGCCACUCGACCACCACAAGCAGCACGACCACUACUAGCCCUACGUCGUCUUCUUCGUCCUCUGGCAGCUCCAGCAGCUCCAGCAGUUUGUCGACUACGACUACCUCGCCCACGAGCAGCGGAAGCACCACCUCCACUGGCUCAUUUGCUUCUUCAAACUCGACCAGCUCAAGCACCACUGCCGGAACUUCCUCCUCGACUGGGUCCAGCUCCGCUUCUAGUACGCUAAGCACCAGCGGCUCUUCCAGCAGCUUGACGUCGUCCUUGUCGACCUCUGCUGCCGGCACCUCAAGCUCCGCUUCUACCACUGCUGCUGGUUCUAGCACAUCGACCACUGCUGCCUCCAGCUCUUCGUCUUCUGUUGGUGCUUCCAGCUCGUCGUCUUCCGUUGCUGCUUCCAGCUCGUCGUCUUCCGUUGCUGCUUCCAGCUCGUCAUCUUCCGUCGCUGCUUCCAGCUCGUCGUCUUCCGUCGCUGCUGCCAGCUCAUCCUCCUCGGUUGCUUCUGUCGCCAGCUCUUCGUCUUCCGUCGCUGCUGCUAGCUCGUCGUCCUCCGCUGCCGCUGCUAGCUCUUCAUCUGCCGCUGCUAGCUCUUCAUCUGCUGCUGCCAGCUCCUCUUCUGCCGCUGCUGCCAGCUCUUCUGCUGCUCCUGCUAGCUCUUCAUCUGCUGCGGCUGCCAGCUCUUCAUCCGCUGCCGCCGCCAGCUCCUCUUCUGCUGCCGCCGCCAGCUCUUCGGCAGCCGCUCCCUCCUCGACUGCUGCUCCUUCCUCGUCGGAUGCUCCUGCUUCAUCAGCUGCUCCGACCACAUCUGCGGCCGAACCUGGCCAGUCUUCUAUCGCUGUCCUCAACCCCGAUCCGGUGCCUUUCUCGAAGGCCCUUGAGAUCCAGCCCGGCGAAGCUGUUGUCGUUGAUAUUCCCAACACAAGUGGCAACGCUGAGAGGUUUGUUGUCCAGUCACAGGGAUGCAGAGGUGUUCCCGCUGGAGAGUCGCCUUUCGAGAACACUGUCAAUCCUCCCGAUGCCUCUACUGCCCCUGCUUGCGCGGUUGCUUGCGCUUCCCAGUCUCUGCCCUUUACUACCGUCAUUAGAGGCCAAUGCUUCUGCGGUUCAGUUCUCAGGACUUUGCCUCUCAUCCCUGCUGAUCAAUGCGCUGCCGCUGCGAGCAGCCGCCGUCGCAGCGCCCUCAGACGCCAGGCUGGUACUGUUGAUCCCGCUACGAUUCUCAGCGUGACUCCUGCCAGCCAGGUUGCCCUUGCUGCUGCCUCGACGACUUUGAGCUCAUCCAGCGUUCCUUCUGCCGUGGUCAACACCGACACGAACAUUCAGUUCGUCCCUACCAACACUGGAACUUCCGUCGCCAGUGCCAGCUCCACCGCCUCUUCUGGAACUUCCACUGGUACUGUCUCCGGUACGACCUCUGGAACGGUCUCUGCCUCCAACUCUGCGUCCAACUCAGUCUCCAACUCAGUCUCCAACUCAGCCUCAAGCUCUGUCACCAGUGCAGCCGCGGCUUCUGCGACUGACUUCAUCCUUGCCAUUGUCGGCGGAAGAGCUCCUACCAGCUCCAGCAGCUCCUCAAGCUCUUCCAGCACAGCUGCCUCGUCUUCAAGCUCUUCUACCGGCAGCAGCAGUUCUACUGGCUCAAGCUCUUCUCGUACUUCCAGCAGCAGCUCCUCUGGCAGCUCUUCCUCGGGUAGCACCUCUUCCGGAUCUACCUCCACUGGCUCCAGCUCCAGCUCUUCUGGAUCAACCACCUCUGCUAGCACUACGGAUACUUCUACCAGCUUGUCCAUUACCAGCUCUGCUUCCACCAGCAGCUCCACUAGCGCACCGUUCUCGAACUCCACCACUGCUCUUACCAUGAGGAAGCGUGGCCCUAUCAUGGCGCACCUCAUGAACCGCCAGAGCGGCGCAACCACCUACGUCGGUACCACUGGACAGACCAACCCUACCAACUGCAACCAGGCUGCUGUAUUCAGAAUCGGCGCUUCUGGCACCAUUACUGUUGAUGGUGUUGCCCUCGGUGUUAACCCCAACACUCCUUUCAUUGCUCUGCGCGCUGGCAGCACUGGAUCGAUCACCGCCACCUUCACCAACAACAACGGUGUCUUCACAUGGUCCAACGCAGCCUUCUCUGGAGGACAGGCCGGUUUUUGCCAGGACAACAGCGGUCAAGUUUACGCUACCUUCGGAACUACCGUCCCGCCUAACUGUACCCCGGUCACCCUGAGCGCCACUCCUCGUUCUUCCUGCACGGCCAGCGGCAGCACUACCAGCCUUCCCGCUUCCACCGCCGCUACCAACUCUGCCACCACCACUCCCGGCGCUGUUUCGACUACUUCUACUGCCAACCCCGGAUCGACGGCUACCUCCAGCCUCGCCACCACCCGCUCUGGAAGUGGCACCACUACCGCUCCCACCGCUGGAUCUACCUUUGUCAGCGGUGGCUCGACCUUCGUCACCGGCGGUUCCACUGUUGUCUCUGGUGGCUCUACCAUCGUCUCGGGCAGCUCCACGUUCGUUUCCGGCGGCUCUACCUUCGUUACCGGAGGUUCUACCGUUGUCACUGGUGGAUCUACCAUCGUCAGCCCUACCACUGGUCCUGCCGGCGGCUCGACAACCGACAGCACCGCUGCUGCAGCCACCUCCAGCAUUGCUCCCAACCCUGUCGCUGUUGAUGGCUUCUCUCUUCUGGGAUGCUUCGCCUCGUCCAGCAACUUCCCCUCGUUUGUUCUGGCCUUGUCUGACCCGUUGUUGACCCUCGAGAAGUGUACCGCUGCCUGCCCCGCCAGCUCCAGACUGGCUGGCUUGUUUGGCAACGACUGCUACUGUGGUGACAUCAUCGACAACACUCUCACCAUCCUCGUUCCCGAGGCCCAGUGCAACACUGUCUGCCCUGGUAACCCUGCCCAGCGCUGCGGUGGUCGCGCCUCUUCCGUGCGUCUGGCCCGUCGCCAGAUCCCGACUGAUGUCCGUCUCACCGUCUACGUCCGUCUCGACGUCUCCCCGCCGGUUGUCUCCACCGUCACCAGCAUCAGCGUUAGCACUGGCGCCGGUACUACCGCAUCCGUCACCGUCGUCAACACCAUCACCGAGCCUGGCACCACCAUCACUGGUGCGCCGGUCCCCACCAGCACUGGCCCCAACAUUGCAGGCACUCUCACUCUGCCUCCCGGUCUGUACACGGCUGGUGCUCCUCUGCCUGGUGGCGAAGUUUGCUACGUCGUUACCCGAUCCUGGUUCAUUGGACAGACGUCGCUGCUCCCUGCCUUGCCCACGGCUACCGUCUGA